AUGGUUUCCAUCAUCAAACCCAAGGGCGGAGAUCAGCCUCGCCGGAUCUCCGUUGACCGUGGAAAUAUGGACAUCUCGCUUGUCCACGAAGCAGCGGCUGCUGCUGAAGCAGAGCACAACAUGGGGCUUUUCAAGUCUAUUAAGCUAUACAAGAAGGCGUGCUUGUGGUCCAUCUUCUUAUCCACCUGCAUUGUUAUGGAGGGAUUUGAUGUUGUGUUGCUGAACACGUUGUUUGCAUACCCGCCUUUCCAGAGGAAGUUUGGCGUUGAACAACCGGAUGGUACUUAUCAACUCACGGCAGCUUGGCAAGCCGGCCUCAGCAACGGCACACUUGUCGGCCAAAUCUUUGGUCUCUUUGUCAACGGUAUCAUUGCCGAUAGAUUUGGCUACCGCAAAACCCUCAUUGGCGCUCUGAUGGGAUGCAUUGCUUUCAUCUUCAUUGUGUUCUUUGCAGAGAGUCUCACACAGCUACUCAUUGGACAGAUGCUUAUUGGCGUUCCAUGGGGAGUCUUCCAAACUCUUACAACGACCUACGCCGCCGAAGUGUGCCCAACGCAUCUCCGCGCCUACCUCACGACAUACGUCAACCUCUGCUGGGUGAUGGGACAGUUCAUUGCGUCUGGUGUCCUACGAGGAAUGGUCUCUCGAGACGACAAAUGGGGUUACAAGAUUCCAUUUGCUCUGCAGUGGAUGUGGCCCGUCCCUCUGAUUAUUGGCAUCUGGCUCGCCCCUGAGUCUCCAUGGUGGCUUGUUCGUCGUGGCCGCGUCGACGAUGCAAAGAAGUCUCUGGCACGAUUGACAGCCCGCAACAGUGGCGUUGCUUUCCAACCAGACGAAACCAUUUCAAUGAUGGUUCACACCAAUGAGAUGGAGAAGGAACUGACCGCAGGUAUCUCCUAUAUCGACCUUUUCCGAGGGAAAGUGAACCGCCGCCGAACGGAAAUCGUCUGCGUAACCUGGAUGAUUCAGACAAUGUGUGGAGCUACGUUUAUGGGAUACUCUACCUACUUCUACCAGCAGGCUGGUAUGGACGUUGCCAACUCAUUCAGUAUGUCUCUUGGCCAGUAUGCUCUCGGUGCUGUGGGCACAGUCUGCUCCUGGUUUUUGAUGGGCCGAUGGGGUCGACGAAGCUUAUACUUGGGCGGCCAAAUCAUCAUGUGCGUUCUCCUCCUCGCCAUCGGCUGCACCGCCUUUGCCGGCCGAGAGAACGCCGCUGCUCAGUGGGCAAUCGGAUCCAUGCUCCUCGUCUACACAUUCACCUACGACGCGACCGUUGGUCCCGUCUGCUACUCCCUCGUCGCCGAGCUUACAUCCACCCGUCUCCGAACCAAGUCCGUUGUCCUCGCCCGAAACUGCUAUAACAUCGUCGGUAUCAUUACCAACAUCAUUACUCCCCGGAUGCUCAACCCUUCUGCGUGGAACUGGGGUGCGAAAGCCGGCUUCUUCUGGACCGGUACUUGUCUCAUCUGCGCCAUCUGGACGUACUUUCGGCUGCCGGAGCCCAAGGGCCGUACAUAUGCCGAGCUGGAUGUCUUGUUUGAGAAUGAAGUCAGUGCCCGCAAAUUUGCGUCUACUUCAGUGGAUAGAUUUGAUGCGACGGGCGAUAGUUCCUCGGAGAAGGAAAAGAGUGCAGAAGUCAUGGUGGAGAGAGUUGAGAGUGAUCGCACUUGA